AUGGCUACCGGACGGAGAAACGUUUACAUCAAUGACAGCACAGGACCAAUUCGCCCUGUCGCCGACACUUCUCUGGUGCAAGCAUUCCAUCAACAGCUCCCCUCAUUCGCACGGACACCGCUCGUCUCGCUCGACGAUGUGGCCAAAGAACUCGGUGUAAAGGCCGUGUUCCUCAAAGAUGAAAGCAACAGGCUUGGUCUUCCCGCUUUCAAGAUCUUGGGCGCUUCAUGGGGAACAUACCGAGCGAUCACAACUGAGCUGGGUCUGCCUGCCGAUACGCCUCUGGCCGAAGUCGCGAAAGCUGCCCAGGAACACUCCAUCUCGCUUUAUGCAGCGACUGAGGGCAACCAUGGCAGAGCCAUUGCCGCAAUGGCCAAGAUCCUUGGGAUUCCUGCGCACAUUUAUGUUCCCAGCAGCGUCAACGGCGAGGCCGUCACGCUUAUUGCAUCCGAAGGUGCGAAUGUGAUUUCGAGCGAUUCCCAUUAUGACGACGCCGUCUUGGAGGCGUGGGAAGCAUCGAAAGCUGUCAAGGGUGGACUCCUCGUUCAGGACAAUGCAUUCGAAGGAUACGAACAGAUCCCUGCUUGGAUUGUUGAAGGAUACUCUACCCUCGUUGUCGAGGCCGAGCAGCAGGUUGCCGAGAAGGGCCUGAAGCCAACACUGAUGGUAAGCCCAGUCGGUGUUGGAUCUCUGGCACACGCCGUUGUUUCUCACUGCAAAUCCAAUGGUCGGAACAAUGCUGUUCUGACUGUGGAGCCUGAUACUGCGCCGUGUCUAUGGAAGAGUCUGAAGGCCGGCAAGCCGGUGUCGGUUCACACGUCGAGAACCAUUAUGGAUGGACUCAACUGCGGCACUGUUUCCCUUACGGCUUUCGAUGACCUGAAAGCGGGCGUUGACGCCAGUGCAACCGUCUCUGACUUUGAGGCACAACUAGCGGUUGAGUAUCUCGAGACGAAGGGUGUAAAGAGCGGUCCUUGUGGUGGCGCCACUGUUGCCGCACUCCGGCGUCUUGCUCAGGUUAGCCCGCGACCAAACUGCCUCUCUGAGGAUUCUGUUGUUGUUCUCCUCAACACUGAGGGCCAGCGAAAGUACAAGAAGCCGCUUGACGUAUCGGUUGAUGACCCAAUCAAGCUGACCCAGAUCCUUACCACCAUUGACUCAUCCAACCCCGAUCUGUCCAAGGCAUCAGGUGCCGGCGAGGCAGAGAUUGCCAGUUACAUCUCGGCUUGGCUACAGCACCGCGAUAUUGAGGCUCAUUGGCUGGAAACAACGAAGCCGGGACGUCCUUCUGUAGUUGGUGUGCUCCGUGGCAAAGGCGGAGGCAAGUCGAUCAUGCUCAACGGACACAUCGACACUGUCAGCCUAGGCAGCUACUCACCUGAUCUCGACCCUUUGAGUGGCCAACUCAAACCGGAAGAUGGUGGAAAGAUCUUUGGUCGUGGAUGUCUUGAUAUGAAGUCAGGUGUUGCCGCAGCCAUGUCAGCCAUGGCGCAGUUCAAGUCCACGGAAGGUUCAUCGCUCCGAGGCGACGUUAUCCUGGCUGCAGUCGCAGACGAGGAAAACUUCUCAUUCGGCACUGAAGAAGUUAUCGCCGCUGGUUGGAGGGCGGAUGGUGCCAUCAUCCCGGAGCCCACUAACCAAGAUAUCAUCUACGCCCACAAGGGCUUCAUCUGGGUCGAGAUUGACGUGCUAGGCGUUGCUGCGCAUGGAUCCAUGCCGGAAACCGGCGUAGACGCCAUUUUACUCGCCGGGGCGGUACAGACUGCUCUCCUUGAAUACUCUCAGACGCUGCCUUCGGACCCUCGGCUGGGCAAGGCGUCGUUGCAUGGUGGACUCAUCCAGGGCGGCGAGGAGCCGUCGAGUUAUCCUGACAAGUGCACGCUCACGGUUGAAUUCCGGACCAUCCCGUCACAAACGAAGCAGGCUAUCCUCCGUGAUGUUCAAGAUAUCCUGGAGCGCAUUGCGGCGAACACACCGCAGUUCAAGUAUGCGCCGCCGCGAGUGACUUUCGAGCGACCGUCUUUUGCGCUUGAGAAGAAUGACGAAUUUCUCAAGACGUUCGUUGACCACGUAUCGGGCACACUAGGCAAGGCACCUGAGCCGAUUGGAUUGUCGUUUUGGUGUGACGCCGCCCUUCUCUACCAAGCUGGCAUCCCUUCUGUAGUUUACGGGCCCAAGGGGGCUGGGCUUCAUGGCAAGGAAGAAUGGGUGGGUGUAGAAAGCCUUCGCGAAGUUACUGCUGUUCUGAGCAGCGUCAUCAAAGACUUCUGCGCAUAA